UAGAAAUGUGAGACAGAAGAAGAGUGAAGACGCAAGUAUUGUUGUUGUAUGUUCAUGUUGAUUUUGUCAAUCCAUCUAAAGUCCUGAUUGAGGAAAUUCUUUUGUUCAUCACUUAUAUCUGCUCCUCUAAAUCACACAGCAAUUGUGAUUCACCCCUGCAGUGAAACCACCUCCUCAGCAAUUCAACAAAACGUGGUGAUUAUUUUCAUCAUCCUACAAGUGAAGAAGAAAAAAAAACUCAAAGUGUUACCAUUGAACUCUACUGGCAUACUAUUGCAAAAAUGAAUUUAGUUAAAGAGGAGAGUGAAGACAUCAGUAUUACAGAACCAUGCAAAAUGAAAAAUGAAGAUACUGAGGAACAAAGAGAAUUGAUAGAAGUAAAAGAGGAGAGUCAAGAAGUGAAAGAGGAGAGUCAAGAACUGAGGGAUGUGGAGGAGAAAAUUCAUGAUCAUGCAUUUUAUAAUUCUGUCACUGUUGAAGAAUCUUUCAGUGGCUCAAAGCCUGAAAAUAAUUUCUCUCACAAAAGAACUCGAAGAACAAGAGCCAAAAAUUCUUUGACCUACUCUCACUUUGGAAAGAGAUUCACACAAAAAAGAAACCUUAACGCCCACUUAAAGCUUCACACUGGAGAGAAGCCUUUCACCUGCCUUCAGUGUGGAAAGAGUUUUGUGCAUAAAAGAAAUGUUCACCGUCACAUGAGAAUUCACACUGGAGAGAAGCCUUUCACCUGCCUUCAGUGUGGAAAAAGUUUUGCACAUAAAAUAAAUCUUCACCAUCACAUGAGAAUUCACACCGGAGAGAAGCCUUUCGCCUGCCUUCAGUGUGGAAAGAGUUUUGCACAUAAAAGAAAUAUUGACCGUCACAUGAGAAUUCACACUGGAGAGAAGCCUUUCACCUGCCUUCAGUGUGGAAAGAGUUUUGCAAAUAUAAGAAAUCUUCAGUAUCACAUGAGAAUUCACACUGGAGAGAAGCCUUUCACCUGCUCUCAGUGUGGCAAGAGUUUCGUAGAGAAAAGAAACUUUAACACUCACUUAAAACUUCACACUGGAGAGAAGCCCUUCACAUGCCUUCAGUGUGGAAAGUGUUUUGCACAUAAAAGAAAUGUUCACCGUCACAUGAGAAUUCACACCGGAGAGAAGCCUUUCUCCUGCCUUCAGUGUGGAAAGAGUUUUGCACAUAAAGGAGAUCUUCAGCAUCACAUGAGAAUUCACACCGGAGAGAAGCCUUUCACCUGCUCUCAGUGUGGAAAGAGUUUUGUACAAAAAAGAAAUCUUCACCAUCACAUGAUAAUUCACACUGGAGAGAGGCCUUUCACCUGCCUUCAGUGUGGAAAGAGUUUUGUACAUAAAAGAAAUCUUCACUGUCACAUGAGAAUUCACACUGGAGAAAAGCCUUUCACCUGCUCUCAGUGUGGAAAGAGUUUCAUAGAGAAAGGAAACUUUAACACUCACUUAAAAUGUCACACUGGAGAGAAGCCUUUCACCUGCCUUCAGUGUGAAAAGAGUUUUGCAAAUAAACAAAAUCUUCACCGUCACAUGAGAAUUCACACCGGAGAGAAGCCUUUCACCUGCCUUCAGUGUGGAAAGAGUUUUGCACAUAAAAGAAAUCUUCACCGUCACAUGAGAAUUCACACUGGAGAGAAGCCUUUCACCUGCUCUCAGUGUGGAAAGAGUUUCACACAAACAAGCCAUCUAACACUUCAUCUGCGCUCUCACUCUGGAUUUAAGCCAUUACUGAAUAUGUUCAUCUUUGAAGAGAGUGUCCUGAAGGCCCUAAUCUUUUUCCUGGGAGAAAAUGCUGAUGACCUCAUCAAAGGAGUACCUUCAGAUGAAUGGGGCUAUUGGGUGACUCUUCUUUUAGAAGGGAAACCAGUGCGAAUGCAGGUGGACACAGGAGCUGCGGUAUCUCUGGUGUCAGAGACAACAUACAAAGAAACGCUACCGCCUCUCACACCCCAGCCAUCCAAAAUUACAUUGAAGACCUAUACAGGCAACCACCCAUCUUUGUUUGGGAGGACUUGGCUGGAAAAGAUUAAGCUUAAUUGGCAAGAGGUCCAUCUGGUCAGCGAAAACACGAAACUCCAAGGGAUCCUAAACAAGUACUCUGAUGUGUUCGGUGAUGAACUCGGGAGUAUGAAGGACAUCACGGUGAAACUGAUGGUGAAACCAGGCAGUAAACCAAAGUGUUUGAAAGCUAGACCUGUAGCGUACGCAAUCAAACCCAAGGCUGAAGCUGAAUUAGAGAGACUGCGACCAGUACACGCUGAAGCCACUGCACAAACUACUGAACAAAUCCAAAAGUGGGAGUGGACCAAACAAUGUGAGGAGUUUUUCAACGAGGUGAAAACAGCCUUAGCCCAGUCUGAAGCCAUUACCCAUUUCAACCCAGGUCUGCCAGUACAGCUGGCAUGUGAUGCGUUACCCUAUGGUGUGGGUGCGGUGGUGUCACGCAUCAUGCCAUCAGGUGAAGAAAGACCCGUCACUUUCGCAUCACGAACCUUGAGCAAGGCAGAAUGUAAUUAUGCUCAAAUUGAGCGUAAGGCACUUGCUAUUGUGUUCGGGGUGAAGAAAUUUCAUCAAUUCGUGUUUGGAAGGCGAUUUACACUUUUAACAGACCACAGACCUCUCACCUCCAUCUUUGGCACACACUCAGGUAUUCUUUCACUUGCAGCCACGAGAAUGCAACGUUGGGCCCUACUUCUGUCUACGCAUCAGUAUGAUAUCAAAUACAGAAGAUCGGAACAUCAUGCAAAUGCUGACGGGCUCUCUCAACUUCCGUUGCCCACUGCACACCCAGAACCAGCAAAAGUGGACAUUUUUUACUUCAAGGAGGUAGACAAUUCCCCCAUAACUGCAGCUCAGGUGAAAAACCAUACACGUACUGACCUGGUGAUGUCCAAGGUUUUGGACCUUGUCCUUAGAGGGGAAGUGGGAGAAAUGUCACCGCUUCUAAGGCCUUAUGUGAUCAGAAGAAAUGAGCUAACAGUAGAAUCUGGAUGUCUAUUGUGCGGCUCAAGGGUCAUUAUUCCACCACCACUGAGAAAACAAGUACUGGAGGAACUUCAUUCUGGACAUUGUGGUGUGGUUCGGAUGAAGGAAAUCGCCUGUAGCUACCUUUGGUGGCCAGGUGUAGAUUCGGAGAUUGAGGAAAAAGCCAAAUCGUGCUGUGCAUGUCAAAAGCAGAGAAAUACCCCUCAACCAGCCCCACUACACCCAUGGCAAUGGCCUGAGGAGACUUGGGUGAGAGUCCAUAUAGAUUUUGCAGGGCCGUUGGAAGACCACAUGUUCUUAGUUCUUCUUGAUACCCACAGCAAAUGGCCAGAGGUUGAGGUAAUGAAAGGCAUUUCAUCCAUGAAAACUGUGGAAGCCCUUCAUUCAAUUUUUGGUCAUUUUGGCCUGCCUCAGCAACUUGUCAGCGACAAUGGACCCCAGCUGGUCUCCGAGGAGUUUGAGGCUUUCAUGAAGGAUAGCCAGGCAGAUGGUGCUCUGAGUGGCCUGGAGCAGCUCACUAUGGCAGUGUUCGUUAUUCAUGGGGAAGAUAAACAAGAACCACCUGCCGACUCUGACAUUGUUCUCAAAGGAGUGAAGGUUUUGAAUGAACUAACUUCAGUUGUCUCUGAUUGUGCCCUGCUUCUUGGUUUGAUACAUAUCUUAAGAAAAAACCCUCAAAGUGUUACCAUUGAACUCUACUGGCAAACUAUUGCAAAAAUGAAUUUGGUUAAAGAGGAGAGUGAAGACAUCAGUAUUACAGAACCAUGCAAAAUGAAAAAUGAAGAUACUGAGGAACAAAGAGACUUGAUAAAAGUGAAAGAAGAGAGUCAAGAAGUGAAAGAGGAAAGUCAAGAACUGAGGGAUGUGGAGGAGAAAAUUCAUGAUCAUAAAUCUGAUAAUUUCAUCACUGUUGAAGAAUCUUUCAGUGGCUCAAAGCCUGAAAAUAAUUUCUCACACAAAAGAACUCGAAGAACAAGAGCCAAAAAUUCUUUGACCUGCUCUCACUUUGGAAAGAGAUUCACACAAAAAAGAAACCUUAACGCCCACUUAAAGCGUCACACUGGAGAGAAGCCUUUCGCCUGCCUUCAGUGUGGAAAGAGUUUCGUGCAUAAAAGAAAUGUUCACCGUCACAUGAGAAUUCACACUGGAGAGAAGCCUUUCACAUGCCUUCAAUGUGGAAAGAGUUUUGCACAUAAAAUAAAUCUUCACCAUCACAUGAGAAUUCACACCGGAGAGAAGCCUUUCGCCUGCCUUCAGUGUGGAAAGAGUUUUGCGCAUAAAAGAAAUAUUGACCGUCACAUGAGAAUUCACACCGGAGAGAAGCCUUUCACAUGCCUUCAGUGUGGAAAGAGUUUUGCAAAUAUAAAAAAUCUUCAGUAUCACAUGAGAAUUCACACUGGAGAGAAGCCAUUCACCUGCUCUCAAUGUGGCAAAAGUUUCGUAGAGAAAAGGAACUUUAACACUCACUUAAAACGUCACACUGGAGAGAAGCCUUUCACCUGCUCUCAAUGUGGCAAAAGUUUCGUAGAGAAAAGGAACUUUAACACUCACUUAAAACUUCACACUGGAGAGAAGCCUUUCACUUGCCUUCAGUGUGAAAAGUGUUUUACAAAUAAACAAAAUCUUCACCGUCACAUGAGAAUUCACACCGGAGAGAAGCCUUUCACCUGCCUUCAGUGUGGAAAGAGUUUUGCACAUAAAGGAGAUCUUCAGUAUCACAUGAGAAUACACACCGGAGAGAAGCCUUUCACCUGCCUUCAGUGUGGAAAGAGUUUUGUAUAUAAAAGAAAUCUUCACUGUCACAUGAAAAUUCAUACCGGAGAGAAGCCUUUCACCUGCCUUCAGUGUGGAAAGAGUUUUGUACAUAAAAGAAAUCUUCACCGUCACAUGAGAAUUCACACUGGAGAGAAGCCUUUCACCUGCCUUCAAUGUGGAAAGAGUUUCAUAGAGAAAGGAAACUUUAACACUCACUUAAAACGUCACACUGGAGAGAAGCCUUUCACCUGCCUUCAGUGUGAAAAGUGUUUUGCAAAUAAACAAAAUCUUCACCGUCACAUGAGAAUUCACACUGGAGAGAAGCCUUUCACCUGCCUUCAGUGUGGAAAGAGUUUUGCACAUAAAAGAAAUCUUCACCGUCACAUGAGAAUUCACACCGGAGAGAAGCCUUUCACCUGCUCUCAGUGUGGAAAGAGUUUCACACAAACAAGCCAUCUAACACUUCAUCUGCGCUCUCACUCUGGAUUUAAGCCAUUUAAUGAUCAGUGUGGCAAAACAUUUUCGAGAGCAUCGCUACUAAAGCUACACAUGACAAGUCACAAAUGAGAAACCUCACGUGUGUUCUUUUUGUGGAAAGAGUUUUAUUACAUUAUCAAUCCUGAAAUCACAUGAGAGAGUGCAUACUGAAGAGAAGCCGUACCACUGUACUUCAUCUGGGAAGAGUUUUAGCCAUUUAAGUAAUCUACACAAUCAUCUAAUAAAGCAUUGUCCAAAGUUGUCAAAAUGAACAAAGUUAAUUCCAGGAUAGCCAGGCAGAUUGGCCUGUAGCAGCUCACCAUGGCAGUGUUCGUUAUUCAUGGGGAAGAAAAACAAGAACCACCUGCCGACUCUGACAUUGUUCUCAAAGGAGUGAAGGUUUUGAAUGAACUAACUUCAGUUGCCUCUGAUUGUGCCCUGCUUCUUGGUUUGAUACAUGUACUCAACUUGGCUCAUCCAAAACACUUCGAUUCACCAAAGUGUUCCUGAAACUACUCUUGCAGCCUGAACAGCACUGGAUGUCUCUCAGAGUUCAAAGUCAAGACAGUAGAUGACAGAACUCGCUGUAAUUACGGUAGUUUGUAAGAAUAUGUCUAAUGUGUCGAGUUUAUGUCCAGUGUAUCUACAGUAUACACUAAGCCUGUUAUGUAUGAGAAACAAACCAAGUUGUUAAUAAAAAUUGAU